GUUUUCAUGUUGUACUCGAAUAAAACGGGCAUUUUGUUACGCAGUUAGUUUGGGUAUUUUUUAUUUUUGCGAAUAAAAUAUGGUAUUAUAGCAUUGAUAUUUUUUGCAUCCAGUCAACGUAAGUAAAAAGGGUGAACACCUGAAAACAAUUGUUAGAUUUUAGUAGAAAUCUCGGGAAAACUUAAUAACGAAAGAUUGAGGACGUGCUAAGUUCAAGCAUAGAAUCACAUAAUGGAAAAAUUAGAGCAAUCGAAUGGGAAAACAAUAAAUAUGACUAAUAGUAUAGAUGCCAAUGGAUACGAUAUCACGUCAAAUUACGGAUCUUUAGGUGGAAGUGAAAAGAACAAGAUGUCUUUAGAAUUUCAAAGAGAUCAACAGUCUUUUAGCAAAGUGGAGGACAAGAAGACAGUCCCGGACCGGAGAAAGGCGGCAGUCACAUUGAGGCUAUGCUUAGCAGUUGUUUCAGCUAUAAUGGGUUCGGUAGAAUUUGGGUACAACACUGGAGUUAUCAACGCCCCAGAGACGCAAAUAAAGACGUUUAUGAAUUCAACACACUACGAGCGCACAAGGGAGCCAAUGUCUGAUGUAACGAUUACUUCCCUUUAUGCAUUAAUUGUUGCCAUUUUUGCUGUCGGUGGUAUGGUAGGUGGACUCGCUGCUGGAUGGUGGGCGGACUUCUUUGGCAGGAAAUUUGGAAUGAUCAUCAAUAACAUCAUUGGUAUAGCUGCUUGUGUAAUGAUGUAUCUAAGUAGAACUGCAAUGUCUUACGAGAUGAUCAUUGUUGGCAGGCUCUUGGUCGGUAUAUCGUCCGGUUUGUUCACGGGUCUCACACCAAUGUACCUAUCGGAGAUAUCGUCCCCGAACAUCCGUGGUGCUCUGGGAACUCUACAUCAGCUGGGUAUAGUCACUGGACUUCUUGUCUCACAGGUGCUUGGCUUUCCUGAAAUUCUCGGAAAUUCCAACUACUGGAACAUCUUGCUAGGUGUAGGUGUAGCACCCUGUAUCAUUCAGAUGAUCACUAUGCCGUUUUGUCCGGAGAGCCCUAGAUUCCUUUUGAUUACCAAGAACAGAGAACAUCAAACCAGAAAAGCACUUGAAACAUUAAGAGGAACAUCCGAUGUAGAUUGUGAAAUUGAGGAGAUGAAAGCAGAGAGCAAGACAGAUAUGCAGGAAGAAUCUCUUAGCAUCAUUGGUUUGUUUAGACGGAAAACAUUGAGAAGGCCCUUGUUUAUCAGUGUGAUAAUGCAGCUUUCACAACAACUGUCGGGGAUAAAUGCGAUCUUUUACUACUCAUUCAACCUUUUCAAACACGCUGGUUUGGAGAAAACAACAGCUGCCCACGCAACGUCCGGUGUUGGAGGUACAAUGGUUGUCAUGACAAUUAUAACUAUACCUUUGAUGGACAGAAUAGGGAGGCGGACGCUACAUUUGUUAGGCCUUGGUGGAAUGUUUGUCUUCAGUAUACUGAUAACGUUGUCCCUUUCACUCACAUAUUUGGCCCCAUGGCUGAAGAUUGCAAAUAUAGUCGUGUCAUUGUUGUAUGUUGUGUUUUUCGCUGUGGGUCCAGGUUCUAUACCAUGGCUCAUUGUAUCUGAACUGUUUGCACAAGGACCGCGCCCAGCAGCAAUGAGUGUAUCUGUUGUUAUCAACUGGGUUUCAAAUUUUGCCGUUGGUUACUGCUUCCCAUAUAUGCAGAGUGGGCUUGGAGACUUUUCAUUUCUUCCAUUCACAAUUUUGCUCGGUCUCUUCUUCGUUUUCACGGCAAAAUUUGUUCCUGAAACCAAGAACAGAACAAUUGAGGAAAUAUCUCAGAUAUGGAACAAAGAUAGUGAAACAAGAAAACAGGCUUAUGAACAGACCGUUUAUACAACAGACGAAUAUCCGACGGUCGUGAAAUUUUAAAUACAAUAUUGUUCAAAUUAUGUUUGUUGGUAUAAAAGAGUGUACCAUUUUACUACGACUUGUAGUUAAAAAAUGUUCACUCACCAUUUUCUACAGCACUUUGUGCCUCAUAGCUUGAUGUUUCCUAGUAUAACACGCUAACGAUGGCAAGUCCUUCCCAGAUGAUUGCGAUAUAUUCAAAUCUCUCUUUGUUACACACGAGAAGCUAUUCAAAAGGGAUACAAAACGUUCAGGUCAAAUCUAUUGUAUAUAUUUCGCCUCUUCGACGAUACGAGGAUAUUUUUGUUUUUGUCUUUUUCUGUUAGUCGGAACAAUAGAUAGAGAACUCUUAGACCUACUUCCAUCAUAGGAUGAUUGCCUGUGGCCAUUAGAUGAUCUCGUCAUUGUUUUAUAAGUGAGACUGUGGUUGACCAAUUAAACGUCAGUGUCAAAAUGACCUCGAGACUGAAAAUGAUUUCCGCUCAUUAACCAAGUACCAUUUGGCAUACAAUCGUCAAACGUCAUGGAUGAUUGUUUGUUAUCAGUAAAUUGGUCAGUAAAUUGCAUUUGUUGAUUUGUAGGUCAAUAGAUCAAAGGUCAAGGGCACAGCAUACAAAUUAGCAUCCACUGUAGCCAAUAACCGGCCAUCAUAGGCCAUAUAUCUUUUAGAAUUAGCUGUUGUUUGUUACUUAUAAGAGAUCAAACCCUAUUGAACUCGUUACAAAACUGGGUACGACUUUCGUAAAAGGUCAAGGUCACAGUGACCCAGAACAGUUAAACGAUUUCCGGAUGAUAACUCAAGAACGCUUGGGCCUAGGAUCAUGAAAGUUGAUAGGGUGGUUGGUCAUGACCAGCAAUACUUAAAGUGGUCUUGGACAGAGAAAAUUUUCUAUUAUGUAUUCAUUAUUUAAUAAUUGAAUGGAACGUCUGUAUAUAUUAUAUGUUUAUGACAGGCUUGUAAGACUUUACUAAGUUACCGUGAUUUAACAUGCUAAACGUAAAUAUUUAAAGAGAAAGUUUCAAAUAAGCUUCCAGCUUCCUACUAAAUCCUAUGCUUUAUAUAUAUAUAUAUACUUGUUGUAAAUGAAUUGUGAUUAAUUAAAUAUUGUUUAAACCAAGACUUUACUUGUAUCAUAUUUUCGCAUGUUGAAUUAAUGCACCUGUCAAUAUUUUGCCCGCCCAGGGGGGCGGCGGGCCGACCCGGGGGAAUUUGACAUUUCAAAAAUUUUGUUGUCUAAAUCCCCACCCUAGGGACAACCUUUUUUGUCUAAAUCCCACCCUAGAGCCUGGUUGGUACAUCAAAUGUUUGUCAAAUUCCCGCCUGUCGGGAAUGGUCUUCUGUCUAAAGUCCCGUGUAUGCCCGCCGCUCCCACGGGCGGGCAAAAUAUUGACAGGUGCAUAAAUACUAAAACUGCAACUGAUAAUGUUUACUGAUCUGUUAUGUAAGUUCUCUUAAAAGUGUCUUAGCUAUAAUAACUACAUUGUAUUCAUUCAACAAGCUGAUACUUAUUAUAGUGUUCCUGAGACUAUAGUUGUAUAUCCAAUAAUUGUAACAGGGCAUAGGUCUAAAAAUACUAUUAAUUUUCGAAUUACCUUAUGUUACAGAAUUAAUUAUGAACCUAAGUUAGAAACCGACUGUAAUUUUAUAUGAAAAUUUAAGUGCAGAUGUACUUAAAACUGUCUACUGUAAGUUCUCAAAAGCUGAACAGUUUUAUACGUUUCAAAUACGUUUUGUACGUUUAACUGUCCCCAGAAAAAAAUCUUUUUUCUACGCUCGUAAACCCACAUAUUGUUGGAACAUUUUGCUUUAUUUUGUCAUGUUGUUACUGUGUUGUAACCUGACUAGAAAUAAAAAUAUUUGUUGUU